GACAGACAGAAAACGGAUCGUUGCACUUUUAUCGGUGAAACGCUAAAAUUUGUACAAUACGAAGUUUUCUAUGGAUCUAGAAUAAUUUAAAUUGUACUUAUUACUUUUAAUUAUGUUUUGGAGCGGAAACUUUAUCGUUGUUAGAGAGUUAAACAAUCUCCUUAAAGAGGAGAAUGUAACACUGACUCAGGUGUUAGAGGCGGAUGAUAUACUGCAGGAAUGUAAGGCCGACAAUAAGGCGCUGAUGCUCUUUUUAACAAAAUCAGAAAUACUAGCAGAACUGGUAACACUGAUCACAGAAGAGCCACCCAAAAAUGUAGACUUGGCAUCCCAGUAUCGCCAUGCGCACAUUGCAAGUGAGGUCCUCACCAGUCAGCUAAUGAUGCUGAGUGACCGUCUCUCCAUGGAUGCAGUGCAGAUGAACAGGCUCUGCGACUUUGUCAACAAGGACCCACCGUUAAAUCCUUUACUUGCGUCAUACUUUAGUAAAACUAUAGAGAUGUUGCUUGAGAAAAGUCCUAAACAGGAUUGGUAUCUCUACCAUAUUGUGUGCCUCAGAGUUCUGGAUUUUUUCAAAUCAAGACGUGAUUUCUUGCCAAACCUUUUACGACAUAUUUCAACAUCAACUAUUGCGGACAUUUUCAAAUACUUUAUUAGACUUGAUGAUCCUUUUAAUAAAAUUAUUUUGGAGUGGUUGGAAGAAAAUCAGUUUCUCGAGAGUCUGAUACACAUAGUCUGUGGUACAUAUGAGCCUGAAGAAAUAAGACCAGUUACUAUGGCCGAUGGCUCGGAGAGAUCGCCUGAGCAAACUGAAAAGGGCCAACAGGAGACCAGCGAGAAAGUGGAAAUGAACCAUAAAGAUGAAGGAAAAGAGGAAAAUGAUGCUGCGAAAGACAUAAAGUCAUCAGAAGAGGAAUCCAAUAUAAGCAAGAGACGUAUAGCGGAAGCGGGGCGAGCGUCAGCCAACGCGGCGGCGUUGUUGUGCGACCUGCUGCUCGGCGCUUGCGCACCUCAGGGCACGAUGGCCAAGCCGCUGACAUCAUGGACGUUGGUGUCUCGCCUGCGGUCCGAGGAGUGCGUACGUCUGGUGCUGCAAUGCAUGUUCACCUCGCCCGCUGCUCUCCGCCGGCACGCCGUCGUCAACGGCUGUCAGCUGCUGCUGGCGCUGUUGCCGCACGACUCGCUAGCUGGUAACGGCAACGGGGGUGGUGGGGGUGCGGGUGGGGGUGAGGGGUCGUGGUCCAGCAGCAGUGUGCAGCGCGCGGUGGCCCCCCACCUGCCACUGCUGCACCAGGCCCUGCUGCGUCCGCCGACAUCUGCUCAUCUACAUCUGCCCACCAUCAACAACUCGAUUGAAAAUCCAAAGCCGAAACAAGAAGAUAAUCCAGAAGAAAUCACUGAAGGAGUAGAAGAAUGUGAAGAUGAAAAAAUGAAUGAACAGAAUAAAGAGAGUGAGGAGUACGAGAGCCACGUGGGCGUGGGCGAGGGUGUGGGCGCGGGCGUGGGCGUGGGCGUGGGCGUGGGCGUGGGCGCUGCGCGUGUCCACGUGGCCGCGCUCAUCGCCCAGCUCGCCUUCUCGGAGGUUGAAGAUGUACAUAAUGCAUUACUGACUUUAGGUACUGCAGGUGUCUUGAUAGACAUGUUCUUCGACUACCAUCAGAACAACUUCCUGCAUACACAAGUCUACAUCCUCAUACAUAAUGCGCUCUCAAAUAGAAUCUAUGGAGAGAAAUAUGCUAAACAUCUAAUAGAUGAGUGCAAUCUACUUACUAGAUUAAUGGAUACCUUUGAAGAAAAUGAAAACACAAAGGCUGGUGCAGUGAGACGGGGCAAUAUGGGACACGUGGUGUUGGCGCUGCGGCGGCUGGAGGGUGCUUCGCCCUCGGACUCCGCGGUGGCUGCUCGCUGGGACACCUUCCGCGAUAUCACACUACGUCCUCUGCUGCAGAGACAUGACACUCCCCUUGGUGGAUUCUAUCCUUCAGAAAACAUCUAUGAGUUUAAUGAGGCGUCCAGUGUUAAUGAAAAUAUAACAGCAGUACAACUUGCUUGUGAUAAUGCGUCAAACGAAAAGAACUUCUUAGAAGUGGCAGGUCAACGUUUCGACGAUGAUAUGUGGGAGGACACCGUGGAAGGGGAUGGGGAGGGAGAGGGGGAUGCCGACAAUGAUAACGAGCAGGAAGGUGAGGCUGACCCUGACCGCGUCAGGGAAAUACUAGCUGAUGUCUCACCUUGGGACACGGCUGAUGAUAACGCAACCGAUGGCACCGAAUGGGCAAAUUUUGGCGAUGUUUUCGCGACGCCAAUUGAUCCGUUCGCUCCUGUUGGAGAUACAUCGCCCUCACAACAUCAGCAUGCGUUCGAUCAACAAGAUUUUACACCAUUUUGGCAUUAUAAUGACACUCAUAAUAAACAUUCAGAUGCGAAUUGUCAGACCGGUUUGGACCAAUCGCUGCAAGCGCUAAGCUUAGGUGGCGAUUUCAAUGUGAAGCCGAUGGAUGAUGCAUCCACCGCUGAGCUGACUAACAACUUGCUGACGGCCAUGAGCUCGAUGACGCCGGACGUCAUUGCAGACAUUGUUAGUGCGAUGCCGCAACCUGAUGAACAUUUGGACGGUGGACUAGUGGCGCCUCUAGAGCUAGUUCAGUCUCUUCCUGAGCCACUUGCCCAGCCUAGCACCGAGCCUAGCACCGAGCCUAGCACUGAGCAGAGCACCGAGCAGAGCAGAGAGGAGCCAUCUGCCGAUAGAUGAUCUUAUAUGGUGAGUUAGCGGUACGCCGCGCAUUACCUGUCGCGGUGCGAUGAUUGCGGACUAUUUUGGGACGCCAACACAUUUUAGUACUUGUGAUAACUACUUGUAAUCAUUAUUUUUCAUUAUCUACCGGUUUUAAUAUUUCAAAUUUAAAUUACAACAUUUUUAUGAUAUACAGUAUACCAUGUUCUUAAAUUUGUCUCGAUCUGUUCCUAAUACGUACAAAAGUCAUUUUUAUAUA